UGGCGCUUGCGUAAUGCAUUGUUUAGUAGAAUGCUAAUGAAUGUCUAAAUUCUACAAUAAUUUUUAGGAAUAUAACAUUUAUUAGGCCACUUUCGGAACUUGAAAAAUAUAAAAUGGCUGAUCAGCAACAGUUUUUCUUAAAAUGGAACGAUUUUCAAAGUAAUAUGGUAUCAUCCUUCCGACAUCUAAGAGAUGAGAAAAGUUUCACCGAUGUAACCUUAGCUUGCGAGGGUCAAACAUGCAAGGCACAUAAGAUGGUUUUAUCAGCUUGUAGUCCAUAUUUUAAAAGUUUAUUGGAGGAAAAUCCUUCAAAACACCCAAUAAUAAUCCUAAAAGAUGUUGCCUAUAGCCAUCUGCAAGCCAUUUUAGAAUUCAUGUAUGCUGGUGAGGUAAACGUGAGCCAGGAACAACUACCCGCAUUCCUCAAAACGGCAGAUAGACUUAAAGUGAAAGGAUUAGCCGAAGCGCCACAGGCUAUUAAACGUGAAUAAUAUGUCUUAUUUUUUCUUAAGUAAUUUUGGUCAAAGUUUUCUGUAGACACAUUUUUUAUGUAAAUAUAAGUAAUAACAGACCGUAUAUGUAUGUGCGAGGGUGCAUUAAUUAAUUUGCAUAUAAUUAUUUAAUAAAAUAUGUCAAAACUGUGAUGGAAAUAUUUUUUAUAUUGCUGUGUGCUACUACAGUGGAAUUUUAAAAUUCCAAAUUAAGUUGUGCAUAUACUAGAACUUUAAUUUACGAUUUUCCUUGCAAUAUUUGAAACUUUGUUAAUAUUGUUUUAUAUUUGGCAUUAUAAUUCAAAUAAAGCAAGUUUAUGAUCAUAUUAUGUACAUUAACUCAAAGAAAAACUAUUAAUAGGAACAAUAGUAUUCACCAGUAAUGUAGAGCACAGAAAAGUUUUUGCAAAUUGUGAAGUUUGGCAGCAUUUAUAUUCUGUUUAAAAAAAGAAAUAGUAGCAAUAGAUGCACAUUGUAGUUGUUGUUUAUAUUAAAGGAAUAACUAAUAAUACUUUACUUUUAAGGUCAUGUGUUUGGGAUGUUGGUUUCAGGUAUUGGCAAUCGCCUGCAAAAAAUUAAAAAUUUUGAGUGCUCACGGAACUGUAAAAAAAUGUAUAUUGUAUAAAAAUAAGAUUUUAAUGUGAUUCAUAGUUAGUAAAACAGAUUUUAGUUUUUUCAAGUCCCUUUUUUCGAAGUCUUUUCGUUUAUCAGUUUUAUAUAUUAAAAGAAAAUUGUAUCUACAGAAAACUGAUCUGUUUGUUGGUGAAAAUGAACAUAAAAAUAUAACUAAGUAUACUAUUUUUUUUCUUUUUGAAUAAAAAUUCAGUGAGUCUACAUGUAUACAGG